AUGAUGUCGUUCGCGGCAAACAUGUAUCUCUAUUUAGCUGAAGGUGUAGUUAUAUGUGUGACCAACAUAACUCUAUUAUGGUGUAUUCUAUCGGACGCCCGUAAUCGACGUCGUCGAGAAUUCCUUCUGGUCGCUGCUCAAUCGCUAACGGAUAUAUUCUACGGUGUCGCUUUUAUGCUCAUCGCUCAUUUGAGAUUAGGACUUUUUUAUGAGAAUAAGUUAACCCUAACCGUGCCCACCUCCAAUUGCGCCUUUAUCCCAGCCUUAUGGCUACAUAACAUGGCGACUCCGUUGCUUGGUUUGCUACCAUUCACCACUUCGAUCAAUUUCUUGGUGUGCUCCGUGGCUCCGCUCUGGUAUAUGCGCGCGACUCAUCUCUACACGUUCUUUUUGCUUUCAGCUCCACUAACCAUCGCCAUGUUGCUCACCUCGAUAAACGCCUUGUUGCUCAUUGACAACGAAUCUCAAAUCGCCGCGUUAUGUAUUGCGGCGAAUGGCGCCGCCCAUCAUAUCGUAUACCAUGUUAUGCUAUUUUUCCGGAUUAUAGCAAAUUUGGCGUCUGCGGUCAUAUAUUUUAUUAUUAUUCUUUAUUUGAAGAAGAGCCACGGCGGCACCCUCAAAGAUCUUUCACCCCAACAGCUCAAAAUGCACCGAAAUGCGAAAAUCACAUUGGGUCUUGUCACGACGAAUUCCAUGAUUUUAUUGUUGUUUCCCGAUAUUUUAUUGUUUGCAAACCCGUGGAAUAUUACCAAGUACUACUCUACACCGUUGUACUCGAUGACGUUAAGCAAGACGAUGAUAAACUUCAUGAUCUACAUGAUUCGCUACCGUGAGCUCCGGAACAUCAUCUUCCUAAAAGUGAUCGCAUGUCUACCCAAGAAAUGGGCGAUCCCGUUGUCGAUGAAGUUAAGAAGCACCAAUGAGCAAUCGAAUGCUCCAAAAGGUACAUUUGCGACGAGAUCCUCUAUUCAAACAGAGAGGAUUCGAGAACCAUCACUGGAGCAGCGGAAAAGCCGUUCCGGCUCUAUCCUAACAUUUAACAAGUCCAGAGUUAUACCUCAGAGUGUUACGGUCCCCGCCGGACCACAACAUUUACCACCACUGCCGAAUCGACGAUGA